AGUACCAUCACAAAUGUGGCAACUACUCCUACAAUAGUAGUUUCUCCUAAAGUAGCACCUUUGCUCACUCCUGGAGGAACAAAAGAAUGGCUUCCAAUAUGCCCCAAUGAGUUGAAACCAGCUAUAGGGAUGAAGUUUAAUAAUCUUGAAGAGGGCCUUGUAUUUUAUAAAAGAUACGCAUUUUCUGCUGGAUUCAACACGAGAAAAUAUACAACUAAAAGGCAAAGAAGAAGCAAAGAAUUGAAAUCACAAUAUAUCUUAUGCAAUAAAGAAGGAUACAAAGAGAAAAGAAAGCCUACUGUUGAAAAAGAUUUAAAUAACAACGAAGGAGAAAGCAAUGAAGAAAAAACUUCAAUCAAAAGGAAGAGACUCGUUACUCGUGUUGGGUGCAAGGCACAUAUUAUCAUAAAGCAUUGUGAUGAUAACAAAUUUAUAGUGUCACAAUUUCAUGAGGGACAUACUCAUCCACUUUAUACACCUAGUUGCAAUCUCUUCCAAAAAGAAGGAAGAAAAAUGAACAUAUUGCACAAAAAAAUAAUUGUGAAUAAUUCUAAGGUGAAUAUUGGUCCUGUUACAACUUUUUGAAUGAUGAAGGAAAUUGUUGGAGGAUAUGAUAACAUCGGUGCA